AUGGCGGGCCGGCAGGCAUUCCGGUUCGGGACCGACCUCUGGGACCCGACCCACCGGUUCGAGACGUCCUGGCUGCUAUCGCCGUGGGCGCUCUUCUUUUGCAGAGCCCUUAUCGCUCUCUACAUCUUCACAACCAUCCUCUUUGUCCUCGCCUGGCAGUGCGCCCACGCCGGCUGCGCGGCCUCCCAGGCCUCCUUCAGCUACUUCACCAACCUCACCUACUGGGGCCUCGGCUUCUACUUCCUCGCGGCCGCCACCCACACCUUCACCUACGCCCGCUCCCCAACCGGCCACGCCCUCCUCGACCGCUUCCCCCGCCCGCUCCAGGCCCUACACUCCGCCUUCUACACCACGAUCAUCGUCUACCCCUUCAUCGUCACCAUCGUCUUCUGGGGCCGCCUCUUCUCGGGUCACUGGUGGCCCGAGGUGUUCACCGGAUGGAGCAACGUCUCCCAGCACGCGCUCAACAGCGUGUUUGCGCUGUUUGAGCUGCUCGUCCCGCGUACGCAGCCGCCGCCCGCCGUGCACAUGCUCUGGCUGAUCCUGCUCCUGGCGCUGUAUCUCGCCGUCGCGUACAUCACCAAGGCCGCCAAGGACUUUUAUCCGUACGACUUCCUGGACCCGAGCUCGCAGGGCGCGCUGGUGGCGGCGUAUGUGUUUGGGAUUGCGGUCGGGUGUCUGGUUGUGUUUGGCGUGGCCUGGGGCGUGAUUUGGCUGCGGGGGUAUGUGACCGAGACGAAGCUGGGGAAGCAGGGGAAGUUUUCGAGGGGGGAUAGGGAGCGCGGCGGGCAUGGCGGUGGAGUUGGAGACGUGGAGAUGGUUAAGCCGUCUUCGUCGUAA